UCAUCAACUGUUGCCACUCAAAAAGAAGCAAAUUCCUCAAAAAAUUUUGGCCGCCAUCUUCUUUUCCACAUUAUUCCCGUUGUUAUUGCACGUGGACUGUCUUUUCAGGCGACAGGAUGGUAGCCCAAAAGAAACAGAAAAAGGCAAUUGAGAGCAUAAACAGCCGGUUGGCUCUUGUAAUGAAAUCCGGCAAAUACUGCUUAGGUUAUAAGCAAACUUUGAAGACUUUGCGACAAGGCAAAGCUAAACUAAUCAUCAUCGCCAACAACACCCCUCCGCUCCGCAAAUCGGAGAUCGAGUAUUACGCCAUGUUGGCCAAAACCGGGGUGCACCACUAUACCGGAAAUAAUGUAGAGUUAGGCACAGCCUGUGGUAAAUACUUCAGGGUGUGUGCUAUGUCCAUUACUGACCCCGGCGACUCCGACAUCAUUAGGUCAAUGCCUGCCGGCGAUGGGGCUCCACAAUAAUUUAGGUUUAUAUGUUGACGAUUUAUAAAUAAAACAACAACUAAA